GAUGGCGGCGGCGCCGGUCGCCGGGACCCCGCGGCCCUGAGGGGGAGGGAGCAGGUGACCCCGGCCGGGCCCGGCAUGGAGGUGUACAUCCCCUCCUUCCGCUAUGAGGAGAGCGAGCUGGAGCGGGGCUACACGGUCUUUAAAAUAGAGGUAUUAAUGAAUGGAAGGAAACAUAUUGUGGAGAAGAGGUAUAGUGAAUUCCAUGCACUUCAUAAGAAGCUCAAGAAGUUUAUAAGAACUCCAGAGAUCCCUUCAAAGCAUGUGAGGAACUGGGUCCCCAAGGUUCUGGAGCAGCGACGGCAAGGCUUAGAGUUGUACUUGCAGACAGUCAUAUUAGAAAAUGAAGAGCUCCCUAAAAUAUUUCUUGAUUUCCUGAACGUCCGCCAUGUACCUACCUUGCCAAAAGCAGAAAGCUGUGGCUCUUUUGAUGAAACAGAAUCUGAAGAAUCAAGCAAACUGUCCCACCAGCCUGUGCUGCUGUUCCUAAGGGAUCCAUAUGUCUUGCCUAAAGCCAACGAUGACUUUCCAAAUGUGGUUAUAGAAGGCAUUCUACAUGGAAUAUUUUAUCCUCAUUUACUGCCCAGGUAGAAGUGACAUGGAUAGAAGGAGCUUAAUCAAGUCUACAAGUCAUCUUUAAUGGAAUUAACAGGAAUAAAGUUUUGUGAUGUGAAAAUUACGCUCAGAAACAAGAGGCACAACCUCAAUUUAAGGUCAAGAAUUUUACCAUCUUUAGUAAAAUCGAUGUCACUACAAUAGCUGCUUUAAAAGAAAAAAAAAAGGGAUAUGGAUACAACAGUAUUGAAGUUAUUUAUAUACCUUCUAUAUAUUGACAUGCUCUAACUAUUUAACACUAAAAGCUCGAAGUCAUACACUGAAUUACACUAACACUUGAAAAGAAUUGAAAGCUUUACUAAUUAUUGAUGUAAUUUCUAUCAUAAAUCACACUAAAGGUUUUUGCACCAGUCUUUUUUUCCACCAUAUCAUCCAUUGCUGGCAGUGGAUGGAUUAAAAGUGAGGAGAGUGUGUGAGAAAUUAAAAAUAAUAAUAAAACAAGAAGAAAUAGAAAGCAAUUUGAAAUAUUUUGUUAAUUUUUCUUAAGUUAUUUUGAAUCUGCUUCUAAAUAACAGAUUGGAAAAGGAUCAGUGCAGGUGUAUGGAGAGUUUAUUGGAAAGCAUGCUUCCACAUCCUGAAAUUGAUAGCUCUCUCUCUCAGGAAAUUUUCUACAUUUCAGUUGAAAGUAUUUUAUCUACCAGGAGAUUUUACAUGGCGUUUACACAUCUCCGUUUAGUUAUGACAUCUAAUCUGAUUGUAUAUUUACUCUUUAUGUCAACUUGCAGAUUCUAUUCCACAUCUUAACAUCUUUUAACUCACAGAGCAUACAACUCUGUGGUAAGCUGAAGCAAGAAUACGAUUAAGUAGUAAAAUAAUAAAGCUAAACCCAAUAUAUAUAUACAUAUAUAUAUAUAUACACACUUAUGUAUAUAUAUUUGUUCAGAUUUAACUGGAAAUUUGUAUGUGUGCUACUGG